AUGCGCCUUACGACGCUGCUACUAGCAGCUUCAUCGCUCGUCGGCGCCGUGUUCAUCGACGAGGUCGGCGAUGUCGAUUACCACCACGAACUCCUCGGUGUGCCUCAGGUGGAGACCACCUUGUUCCAUAAGCCCCGGCGCGACGACAAGGCUUCUCUGCUCUACACCCUCAGCGAUGUCGGCGUCCUCGGAGCCGUCAACCCCAGCAAUGGCGCCGUCGUCUGGCGCCAGUUUCUGACGGGAGAUAUUACGUAUGGCGGCGGGCACUUGCGUGCUGCCGAAGGCGAGGAUUGGGUGGUGUCUGCGUACGGCAACUCGGUGCACGCCUGGAAUGCCUUGUCGGGCAGGAACGCGUGGUGGAUCGACUUUGCGGGCGAAAUCCGGGACCUCGAAGUUAUGGAGCUGACGGAGAAUGGUCGCAAGGACGUUCUGGCGCUUUUCGAAGAGAAAGAUGGCUCUACGGUCCUGAGAAGGAUCAAUGGCGGCGACGGCAGCGUAGUCUGGGAGUUCAAGGAUGGGAGCAACACCACACCCCUUCAGGUCUCGAACAACAUCGAGAAGAUCUUCGUGGUUAGUCUCUAUGGCGCCGACGGCAUGUGGGCUGUGCGGGUGUCUGUCCACGACACUCUCACUGGCAAGCGCAUCGACGACAUCAGCCUCGGCAGCAAGGGCGAUGUCACGGACAAGAAGGACGUCAUGUUUGUGGGUGCCAACUCGGCAUCUCCCAUUGUUGCCUGGCUCGACAGCGACCACACGAAACUUAAGGUCAACGUUCUGGGCACCAAGUCAAAGCAAGAAUUUGCGCUGCCGUUUCCCAGGACACUGGACGUGGCCAUUCAUGCCCCGCACCACCUCAACGCGGAGCCGCACUUCUUGGUCCACAGCAGAUCUGCCGACAGCCACAAGGGCGAGGUCUACCAUGUCAACAUCAAGAACAACGCGGUCACCAAGCACCAUGAGCUGCCUGUGCUUCCGGGCUUGGGCGCUUUCUCGACCAGCUCGGAUGGAGCCAACGUUUGGUUCACGCGCAUUACCACGGACGAGGUUAGCCUGACAGCCUCAAGCUCCCACGCUGUUCUUGGAAAGUGGGCGUUCAAGGAAGGUUCUGAGAGCAUCACCGCGUUCCAUGCUGUUUCUGAGGUCAUCAAGAAGGCUGCCGACAACUUUGCUGUUCGCUGUGCCGCCGUCACCACCUUGGACGACUGGGUCCUGGUCCGCAACGGAGAGCAGGCCUGGAUCCGUCCCGAAGGCCUCACUGGCGGCGUGGCUGCAGCUUUCGCCGAGAUCCCAGAGAGCGCGGACCUGGCCAAGACUCUCGAGGCGGAGGCCCACGACAACGUCUUGUCCGCCUAUAUCCACCGUGUCAAGCGUCACUUUGACGACCUCGCCUACUUGCCGGACUACCUCGCCUCAAUUCCCCAGCGCCUGAUCAGUAGCAUUACCGGAGCCGAGCUCUUCUCCAAGACGGAAGGGCUCGCCCGUGAUGCCUUUGGCUUCAACAAGAUCGUCAUCCUGGUAACUCGACGAGGCAAGCUUUUCGGCGUCGACAUUGGCAAGCACGGCAAAGUUAUCUGGAAGCUCCAUGCCGCCCAGAUCCCUUCAUGGGAUGCUUGGGACGUCCAGGGAAUAUUUGUUGAGGAUGCCAAGUCUCAAGUCACUGUUCGCGGCUACUUCGGAGAGUACGUGAUUGCCACGACGGACACCGGAAAGCUGGUUGAUUCCAUGCCUCAAGGAUCUUGGGUUCAGACUCAAUCUGCUGUCGUUGUCGACAGCGCAUCCGGCCCGUGGCUUGCCCCCGUUGGCUACGGCGGCGCCAUCGGUGAUGUUCCCGCUGAAUGGGCGCCGACCCAGACCGUCGUCGUCCGCGGCCUCAAGGGUGAGCUCAAGGGCCUGACUUACAUCAUCGAGGAUGGCACUGGCAAGGAGCAGGUUGCUUGGGAGUUUACCCCCCCUGCUGGCUACGAGAUCGUCAACGUUGCCACGCGCAAUGUCCAUGAUCCCAUUGCCUCUAUCGGACGCGUCCUCGGUGACAGAACGGUCAAAUACAAGUACCUGAACCCCAACACCAUCGUCGUUUCUGCGUACAAUGCCGCCAAGUUGACUCUCAACGUCUACCUUGUUGACUCGGUUUCGGGUCUUGUCCUUCAUUCGGCUACCCAUGAAGGUAUUGACGGCAACAAGAACAUCGAAUGCACUCUGGCCGAGAACUGGUUCGUGUGCACCUUUUUCGGAGAGUACGCCCUCAAGGACGAUGCUGGCCAGCCCCUCUCUGGACAAACUCUCAAGGGCAAUCAGAUUGUAGUCUCCGACCUGUACGAGAGUGACUACGUCGAUGACCGCGGCCCUCUGGGCGACGCUGCAAACUUCUCCUCGACCGAGCCUGUUGACACUCCUACUGGCGCCCCUCUCCCCUCGGUCAUCAGCCAGGCCUUUAUUCUCUCUGCUCCCCUCGCUGCCCUGGCCGUCACCCAGACGCGCCAGGGUAUCACCAGUCGUCACGUCCUCGGCUACCUCCCCGAGUCCCAUGCUAUUGUCGGACUUCCGCGCCAGCUCCUUGAGCCCCGUCGGCCUGUGGGACGUGACCCGACCCCCGCCGAGAUGGAGACCGAAGGCCUGAUCAAGUACCACCCGGCCUUAGAGAUCGAUCCUAGGCAGGUCAUUUCCCACCAGCGCGACGUCAUCGGCGUCAAGAAGAUCAUCACCUCGCCCACCAUCGUGGAGAGCACCAGCCUGAUCUUCGCGUAUGGCGUCGAUGUGUUUGGCAGCCGUGUAGCCCCCAGCUUCACGUUCGAUAUCCUCGGCAAGGGCUUCAACAAAAUCAGCCUCAUUUCGACCGUCCUCGCGCUCACGGUUGGCGUCGCCGUGCUGGGACCUUUCGUGCGCAAGAAGCAAACAAACAUGAGAUGGGCGUAG